UCUUCUCGUUAUGGUUGUCGUCCAUUCAACAAUAGUAGCGGCAAAGAGCAAAGUCACCUGGGAUGAAGAACCAUCCAACGCUAGAAUAGAUGGAAGUCAUGGAAACUUUGGUGAUCGUAUUAGUGGUAAACAUGGAAACACUGGAGGUAGCCAUGGAGAUUCUAAAACUAAUAACCCGAGUGUUCCGAAAAGUGGACAUGGAGAUGGCGCUAACUUUGAACUUGGUAAUGAAUUUGGAAGACGAAUUGGAAGUGGUAGCGGAAAACAUUUUCAAUUUCAUGAACAAGGUCAAAAGGGUCCUCACUCCUAUCGUUACGGGUACGACACUGGCGACUCCUACAAUCCUUUAACGCGUUUCGAGGAGCGAGAUGGCAACGGAGUGGUUAGGGGUUAUUAUACAUAUCGAGACCCUUAUGGAAAACUUCAACGGGUUGAGUACAUGGCCCACCCCAAAUUAGGAUUCCGUGUCCGUGGCAGCUUUGGAGAAUUCCCCAGAAGAGGGCACUGAUGUUGACAGGUAUUAACGUUUCGAAAAAAAAAACCAGCAUGCCACCUAUGUGUGAUCUGAUUGGCCAACAAUGUCCCAAACUUCUGUCAAUAACUCAUCACCAAACAUGGCGACUCAUGAACGAUACAAGUUCAACAUUUGGAUAUAAUGAUACAAAAUUUUAAAGUCAACUAAUUUUUAUUGUUAUUGUUAAAAUUAAAAGUAAUUAUUCUAAUUUUUUCAGUUUUCUUGUAUUUAUACUUUUAAAAUAUUAUCGUCACAGUUACUUUCUGUAGUUGAGGCUGUAAACGUACUAGUUCAUACUGCGCAUGCUCUGUUUCUUUGGCUAAUCUGACCUGGAAACAUGUUCAUAUUUUUAAAUGUCAAAAAUAUGGUAAAAAAUAUGUUUAUAACUUUAGAACUAAGUAAGAUAUUGCCUUUAAAAACACAAUAGUUUGUUGCUGCGUUAACUUCAGUCACAAAUCAUUAUUUUUAGUUACCAUGUGUAUAACAAAUUAUAACAACAGAUUGCCUAAUAAAA